UGUAACAGACCUCCCUUGGAUCCACAGAAGAGCGUUGUUGAUGUUUAUAAAAGAAAAAAAGGAAGAGCAGCCGAAUUGGGAUUUCAGCGAAGACCUAGUAGUAAUUUAGAACCAAAAAACCUUGGUUGUUAAUCUGGUGAAAUGUCCUGGUUGUAGAAUACCCCAAAUAUUCUUCAGCAUGUAUGGGAGGCGUGAAGGAAGAGGAGGCUACCGUGAUGGUGGUGGAGAUGGUGGUGGUUGGAGAGGAGAAAGUGGUGGAGGAUGGGGAGGAGGUCGAGGAAGAGGAAGAGGUGGAGGAGGAGGCAGAGGAAGAGGAGGUGGGGGGGGAGGAAGAGGCCGAGGGGAACGACCUCCACCACACUUAAAAGGCAGAGAAAUAGGCAUGUGGUAUGCUCAGCGCUCAAAAGAUCGCCAAGAAAAAGAUGUGAAUCUUUUACCCACAUUGUCCAUGGAUGCUAGUCAAGUACGGAAUGUUGGCCGAAUGCUGGACUCCCUUGAUGAGAAAGAUUACUCUAGCAGAGGUACAAAGAGACCAGAGCAUAGGGCUGGUGCAAGUUACCAGCCGGAGCCAGAUGAUGACCUCAGUGAUGAGUGGGACAAACGUAUAUCAUCUAUCGUGAAGAAGGAAUUUAAAGAUGAUGACAACACUGAUGUUGCUGGUAGCAGCUCAGGAGGUGCAGAUUCUUUCUCAGAUCCAGAUGCUUGGAUUCAAGACAACACUCAGAAACGUAAGAUUUCAGCAGGCCAAGAACAGGAGAAGAGGCAGCGCAGUGAUGCCUUUGCACAGAGGCUAGAUAACAUGAAGGAGUCUGACUUCAAGCAGGCUUACAUGGCUAAUGUCCAUGGGAAUCAGAUGCGUGAUGCAAGCGGUUUGUCGGCUUUAAAGAGAGAUCAGAUGGGCCUUGUGAGGAAAGAGGCAGUGGAUGAAAAGCUUUAUGAAGACAUGAUGCAACAACAGAAUUGUCCAAAGUAUCAGAAAAUGUUAGAAGUGCGUAAGAAGCUUCCAUCAUAUAAGAUGCGGGAUGAAAUUGUAGAUACUGUUCGAGAUAAUCAAGUUGUAGUUAUAAGUGGAGAAACAGGAUGUGGUAAAACUACACAGGUUGCUCAGUUUUUGCUGGAAGAUGCAGUCGCUGAUGGACAAGGAUCUACUUGCAGUAUUGUUUGCACCCAACCAAGGCGUAUAUCAGCGAUAUCUGUUGCUCAAAGGGUUGCAGAUGAACGUGGAGAGAAUCUAGGCAAGAGUGUUGGGUACCAGAUAAGGCUUGAAGCCACUCAUCCUCGAUCUGAAGGCUCCAUCCUGUUCUGUACCACUGGUAUUGUCCUUCAGUGGCUACAGAGUGAUCCCCUCCUUAGUAAAGUGUCUCACCUGGUUCUUGAUGAAAUUCACGAGAGAGAUAUGUUGUCAGACUUCAUUAUUGCAAUUGCAAAGGACCUUAUCAAAGUAAGAUCCGAUCUGAAGGUAAUUUUAAUGAGUGCAACGCUGAAUGCAGAACUUUUUUCUGAAUAUUUUGGUGGCUGUCCCAUGCUGCAUAUUCCUGGUUUUACAUUUCCAGUAAAGGAGUUUUAUCUUGAAGAUGUUAUAGAAAUGACAAGAUUCAAGUUUGAAGAUGAACGAGAAGCACCAAUAUGGGUGAGAAAAAGCAAUAAACAUAAGGAUAAUGAAUUUGAAGGCAUGAUAGCACCUUACAUCAGAAACUUAGAAAGGAGUGGAAAGUACUCCUGCCACACCCUAGAUGAACUGUACAAGACGACAAGUGAAAAGCUUAAUUUGGACCUGGUGCUUGAGUUACUUCGUGCCAUCAGCCGUAAAGAGCCCGGAGCUGUGCUUGUGUUCCUCCCAGGUUGGGCGGAUAUUUCCAAACUACACACACUCAUACAAGGCGACAGAAGUUUCUCUAGAAGUAGUCAUUUGGUAAUCCCUCUCCACUCUCUCAUGCCCUCUGUUAACCAGCGAGAAGUGUUCAGUAGACCACCUCCAGGUGUACGCAAGAUUGUUUUAGCUACAAACAUAGCUGAAACUAGUAUAACUAUAGAUGAUAUUGUGUACGUGAUAAAUGCUGGACGUAUCAAGAUGAAAAAUUAUGAUAAAGAAGCUAACUUGGUGACGCUGCUGCCUGAAUGGGUCACUCUUGCUAAUGCCAGGCAAAGACGAGGCAGAGCUGGUCGUGUGCAAGACGGUGUCUGUUACCACCUGUAUACACGAGCCCGAGAAAAGUUGUUGGAUGACUACCCUCUGCCAGAAAUUCAGCGUACGCGGCUUGAGGAAAUCAUUCUGCACGUGAAGAUCCUGCGCUUAGGGUCUGCCAAACCGUUCUUGGCAAAGCUCAUGAUGCCACCAGAUCCAAGUGUGGUUGAUAAAUCUUUGGAGAUGCUUCAAGCUAUUAAUGCCCUGGAUGAGAGUGAGAAUUUAACUCCAUUAGGUUUCCACUUGGCACGCUUGCCUGUGGAUCCUUUGACUGGGCGAAUGCUACUCAUGGCGGCGAUAUUCUCCUGUGUGGGGCCCAUACUGACUAUUGCCUCCGCACUCUCAUUUAAAGAUCCUUUCUCAGUUCCUUUGGGAAAAGAACGUAUUGUAGAUGAGAUAAAAAAGAAAAUGAGUCGUGGCACAAAGAGUGAUCAUUUGAUGCUAGUUAAUGUGUAUGAUGGAUGGGAGGACGCGUGGCGCCACAGAGAAGCAAGGGAGUAUUGCUGGGACAACUUCUUAUCCAGUGCUGUGCUAGAACAGCUGAGGAACAUGAGGCGACAAUUUAUGGGUCUCCUUUAUGAGCACAAAUUUGUGAAUUCUAAGGAUCCGCAAGCAGCUGAAGCCAAUCGGAACUCUGACAAUAUUGCCCUUGUUCGCGCCAUCAUCACAAGUGGUCUGUAUCCAAACGUUGCUCGUGUUCUUCCUCAAAGAGGACGCCCCAACCCACACAAACCCCGUAGCAUCCGCACACAGUACGAGCGCAGAGUAUCAUUACAUCCCAAGUCUGUAAAUGAGAAGGAGAGGGAAUAUGAAUCACCUUGGCUCAUGUACCGAGAAAAGAUCAAGUCUUCCAAGGUCUACAUACAUGACAGUUCAAUGGUUCCCAACUACCCAUUACUGUUCUUUGGCCGGAAGUUGAACUAUGUUGAUGGCGUUAUCAAUGUUGAUGACUUCGUAAGGGUUCGCUGCUCACGACAUGUUGCACAUUUAGUACAGAGUUUAAGAACUCAGCUGGAUGAACUUCUAGAAUAUAAGAUUAGCCAUCCUGGUGUUACCAGAUGGAAUAAAUCAAGCAAAGAAGGAGCACUUCUGCACACCAUUGUAGAUCUCAUCUCUAGUGAGAAAAUUUCCUCCUCACAGGACAACAAUGACUAUUAUGAUGAUGGAGAUGAUUAGCGAGUCAUCUUGCAAGAAGUGAAGAGUGAAAGAAAGUCAUUUGCCAGUGUCUCUUGGAUGAUAUAGUCAGUGUGGAAUUCAGAAUUAUUUGUGUGUGUGUGUGUGUGUGUGUGUGUGUGUGUGUGUGUGUGUGUGUGUGUGUGUGUGUUGUGGUGUUGUGUAGUGUGUGUGUG